AUGACCUUCCUCUGGCUUCUCUCCUGCUGCGCCCUCCUGGGCACGGCCUUUGUCCUGGGUGGGACCUUGGCCUCCACCCCUCACUCCAUACUUCCACCCUCAGGCUGUGGGGUCCCUGCCAUCCACCCUGUGCUGAGCGGCCUGUCCAGGAUCGUCAACGGGGAGGAGGCUGUCCCCGGCUCCUGGCCCUGGCAGGUGUCCCUGCAGGACAGAACCGGCUUCCACUUCUGCGGGGGCUCCCUCAUCAGCGAGGACUGGGUGGUCACCGCCGCCCACUGCAGUGUCAGAACAUCCCAUCUGGUCGUGGCCGGGGAGUUUGACCAGGGCUCAGAUGCCGAGGACAUCCAGGUGUUGAAGAUUGCCAAGGUUUUCAAGAACCCCAGGUACAACCCGUUCACCAACAGCAAUGACAUCACCCUGCUGAAGCUGGCCACGCCUGCGCGCUUCUCCAAGACCGUGUCUGCCGUGUGCCUGCCCAGCGCUAACGAUGACUUCCCCGCCGGGACGCUGUGCGCCACGACUGGCUGGGGCCUGACCAAACACACCAAUGCCAACACCCCCGACAGGCUGCAGCAGGCGACUCUGCCCCUCCUGUCCAACACCGACUGCAAGAAAUACUGGGGCAGCAAGAUCACCAAGAGCAUGGUCUGCGCCGGCGCCAGCGGCGUGUCCUCCUGCAUGGGCGACUCUGGUGGCCCCCUGGUCUGCCAGAAGGAUGGAGCCUGGACCCUGGUGGGCAUCGUGUCCUGGGGCAGUGGCACCUGCUCCACCUCCAGCCCCGGCGUGUAUGCCCGCGUCACUGCACUCAUCCCCUGGGUGCAGCAGAUCCUGGCAGCCAACUGAUGACCAGGCUUCACCCUGGCCUCCCUGCUGACCUUGCUUCCACAAAGCCUCAAUA